UGGCCUGUGAAAAAUAAUUCAUAACUCUCCUUUAAUACGAUUUUAAAAUAUUUUGUCACAUAUUUAAACUUAAUACAGAAAUAUACUCUAAAAUAGAGUGCAUCAUAAUGGGGCUUGUUCGGUUUUGACAGCCUGUUCCAGGAACCCAGCCCCUGUCCCUUGUCGUCCCCAGUUCUACUGUAGUUUAGUCAGUAAAUCACGAUUAAGCAAACCAUGGCUUAGCCAACUUCGUCAGUGCUGCUCAGCCCUUAGCCGCGCUCCCCAGAGGAGGUGAGCGUGGCCCCGCCGGUCAGAGCGCUCUGGGCGCCCGGAUCUCUCCCCAGGCCUUUCGCCGCCGGGCUCCCAGCCCUUUCCCCUUCCCCUUCUCCACCUCCGCCCCAGGAGGAGAGCGAAAGCGCAACUCCGCCUCCCUUCCCCGAGGAACUCCAGGAGCGCCAGGACGAGGCUGCGCCAUCACGCCCGACGGGACGACAUGAAACCGGAUGGAAAAGUGGUGCUGCUGGGGGACAUGAACGUGGGCAAGACGUCGCUGCUCCACCGCUACAUGGAGCGGCGCUUCCAGGACACCGUCAGCACCGUCGGGGGCGCCUUCUACCUCAAGCAGUGGGGCCCCCACAACAUCUCGAUCUGGGACACGGCAGGUCGUGAGCAAUUCCACGGCCUCGGAUCCAUGUACUGCCGAGGAGCUGCGGCUGUUAUUCUCACGUAUGAUGUAACUAACCUGCAGAGCAUGGUGGAACUUGAGGAUAGGUUCCUGGCGUUAACGGAUUCUGCCAGCCCAGAUUGCCUCUUCAUUGUUGCUGGGAACAAAGUUGACCUGACAGAUGCGUGCGCCUUUUUGCCAGAAUCAGAAGACAAGCAAAUUGAGAAGCCCCCCAACAGUUUUAUUUCUACAAAGGUGAAAAAACAAGUCCAUGUGAAUGAUGCCAUAGCAUUUUAUAGGAAAAUCCUCAAGUAUAAAAUGUUGGAUGAAGUAAAUGCCCCAGCAGCAGAAAAAAUGUGUUUUGAAACUAGUGCAAAAACUGGCUAUAAUGUGGACCAUCUUUUUGAAACUAUAUUCGAGAUGGUGGUACCAGUAAUUUUGCAACAAAAAGCUGAAGGCUUGCCACAAACUGUAGACUUAAAUAACUGCAAGACUGCUAAAAACACACACUCUGGGUGCUGCAGAUAAACUCUGAAUGCAUUUUUUUACACUAAUUAAAGGAUGUAAGUAUUGAAGUAGAUAAAGACAACAGUGCAGAAAUAACAAGGCCAACCAGAUAAACUACUUCUAUAAAAAUGGAUUUUUGUAAAAAUUAAAUGGUGUUAUGACGACAAAAAACAUCAGUGAAGGAGAGUUUGGAGAUAGGUGCUGAAAGCUUUUAAAUCCCAUUAAUUGUGAUUUUUUUCCCCCUUCCAUAUUAAAUUUAUGUUACUGUGUGCUGUUUUACACAUGAAUCUUUAGUAUCUGUUUUGGCAAGAAACUUUUGAUAUUUUUGCAUUCCCUGUGUAGCAAGGAAAAGUUUAUAACUGUGAAGAAAGAGUUUUCAGGGAGCUAAAUGUUCAUCAGCCACUUCACACCAUAUUGCUUUCAGCAAAAUAAAUAAUUUUCUUUGGAAUAGUAGCAAACUGAUACUUCCCCUUUCUUCCUCCUCAUUAGCUGUAUAGUUGUAGUCAUUAGAGGCAGGGGAAAGAAGGAAGUCAGAUCAACUUGAAGGUAGUAAAUAUAAUCUCAGACUAGAUAACCCAGACAUUUGUUGUUAGACAAAAAAAGGUAUUCCUAUUUCUCUGAUAACAAAAUGUACCUGAAGGAGUUCACAAAGUAAUCUGGACUUUUAGGCUGAUCCUCAGUGGUGAAUUAGUGGUGCUGGAACUAAAAAUAUUUAUAAGUGUACUAUUGGUUUCAGACUUUGAAACUCCAAGGAGUUAAUGAAUUAUUUAUCUUCUAAAACAGCAAGAGAAGUUUUAAAAUAUUCUUUGGCUAUUAGGUAUGAUUCUGGUGGAAUUAUUUAAGCAUAUUUUUUCUGCUAAAUUAUGGAUAAUUAAUAGAGUCAUAAAACCGGAUAUGAGUAAAUGGCUAGGGGGAAAAUUAAUAUGUAAAAGUGGGUGAGGACAGGGAGGUAUUAAGACACUUAAGUGGGAUGAGAUUCUAGAAAGACUAGAUUUUAUAUAUUUUCAUAAAAUGGAUGUGUUUUGUUGCGGAGAUGGCUGCAAUAUAUCUAACAGGGAACUUGGUUGUUAGAAAAUCAAGGUUAUUUAAAUAUUUUGGUUGUGAAUCAGUGAUAGCAAAUCUCAGUAUUUUGCAGUGCUGUUGUUGGGGAAAUAUAUAAAAAAUAAAUAUCAACCUGAAUUUUACCUUGUCAGGAAUUUUACCUUGUUCAGGUUACCUGAAAAGGUUAUUUCCACAUUUUCUGCAUGUGAAAUAAAUUACUAUGAGGGUGAUCAAACAAUCUGUUGACAUUCAAAUGUAGAGUGAAAUAGCUGUUUACUCAUGCUUUUAAAAUCUGUGCUGUUGCCUAAUUUAAAACAAAAAAAUUAUAUUAACAGUAAAAUUUACAAAUUACCAUUGUACACAGUAAUUUAUAAAGCUAGAGAUUAUGGGCUAAAGUAUGCCUGGAAAAUAUACUUUUUGUCUUAGCUUUGAAUCCCAACAUUAUUAUGGCAUUUGUUUAGGACUGAGUUCUGGCAGCAAAUAACAGUGCUGAGCUCAUGCUUCAGACCAAAUAGGUUUAAACAAUAAUGAGAGUUGGGAGGAAACUGAAGGAUGCAACUUGGAAGUCCAUUACAACAGACAAAAAAGUUCAUUGGGCUUCUAAAUCCACAUAAUGCUCUUCUAAUUCUGAAACUUUAUGAGCCUUUAUCUGAUAUGUAAGAAAUAUAUUAGUAGAAUUUCCAUAAACAUGAAGCAUUUACAUUGAUUUGAAUAUGCGAUUACAUGCUCUGUAUCUAAGGGUGAUGUCUUGGAUACGCACAUUUCCAAUACGACUUCUUUGUGCUACCAUUUCCUAGAUGUGGAGCUGGGAGUGCCAGGCCCUUCUAAAUAACUAAAAGCUCCCUGGAUUCUCUUGGC